AUGCGACUUCCCGUUCUCCUUCUCGCCUUUAUUGGGGUUUCAGUCGCCGACGUUCCAUCAAGCCAAGAUGCCGAGAAGAUCAAAGCGUACGAAAUUGGCACACAAUUUUUUUCGGAGUUGAAUAAUGCAAUCUUGUCUGGAGACCCUUUCAGAGUUGUCAAAUUCAUUACACAUCCCAACAUCGACGUCAUAAAGUUUAUGAGGAGUCUCAAAGGCUGGGCGGCGGAAUUUCGUGAUGGAUAUUUUGUGAAUGGAAAUUGUAACGAAGUUUCAUUAUCAGUGAUUUUCAAAGUACCCGGCCGUGAUUAUCCUUUCCUAAACGGAACAUUUGUGCUGGAACAUGGAGUUGAAAAACAUCCAAUAACUGACAACUGGACCCUGAAGAGCAUGACGUGGCUUACGGGGAUUAACAUUUCUAAAAACCGUUCAAGGCAUAACUUCGCACCUCCAAAUGUUAUGGGAUAA